AUGUAUCCUGCCAUCGGCAUGCAUCUCACUACCCUCAAUCAAGAUGUGCUUUCGAUGAUUGUGUCGUAUCUGUCGACAUGGGAUGCGUUGCGCUUGUCGGAGACGUGUCGGGGCAUUCUCUGCAUCGCCCGGAACCAGGCCCUCUCUUCAGUGACCCUUGGCGUCAACAGACCAUUCAAUCCCACUGGUACGGACAAUCCUCAUGAGGGCCAGCUAUUCUGCCUAUACGUGCUUGCAGACGUCCCUGGCCGUCUGCACCGUGUGCGCCGGCUGGGAGUCCACACAAGUAUAUGGCGAUACUUCGGCUCGCCGGCGCCGCAAAGAGGAUAUGUGCUCAUGAGCGAAUACUCGCUGGCGCCGUUGCUCGCCAGCGUGCUCGAGAACGCUGCUAACCUUCAACACCUCUUGCUGGGCGACGCGGCUGGGCUGAUGUGCAACGAGCCGCGGAUCGCGGCGGCCCUCUCUGUCCUUCCCAGUCUCACCACUCUCAGACUCAACGAUCUCGCCAGCACAGACUACGACCACAUCUUCCAUGCCGUUUCAAAUAUGUGCUCGCCGAACUUGCGCACGCUGGAAAUCCAGCACAUGCUGGACCAAUCCUUCAGCGGGUCGCCAUUUCUGUCGGUGCAUCGUGUCGUACUGGAUGAGUGUAGCGUUCAUACACCCAUCGGCAUCUAUUCUCUCUUCCCAAAUGUCCGCGACCUCAUUCUCCUACACACGGAUUUUGAGGCGGCCGAGGAGGGCAACUGGUCAGACCUGAACUACUUUCACGGAUCGACGCACAACUGGAUAUGCCUACAAAUGCGUUGUUCAGUGGCUCGCUUGGAAUUAGAGAACACCUUGUCACUGUAUAAUGUCUCGCGCAGGCCUUUUGAUUGUAGCACGCCUGCGGAAGUCCUGCAGGUGCUGCAAUAUGCAUCUCCGAAGUCGCUAUAUCUUUGCAUUGACACCAACUUCGAUCUUGGAGAGCAAUUCUGGAAGCGCUUCGUUACAAGUCUACCACGUCUGCAGUGCCUCGAGCUGGCACUUGAUUACGUGGCUCUUGGCCUAGAAACGCCUGAGUCAGAGUGGCUUGGGGACUUUAUGCCAUGGACGGUGAAUAUGUUCUUCCUGUUCUGGGGGCAUUGCAAAUCGUCUACCUCCACGUCGCCGUCACUAUAUACGGGCCGUACGACGAAGCACCACGCGAUUCCUUUCACUGCCCUGCAAGCGUCAGAAGCCAGCUUCCUGGCAUAUUUGCCCAACACAUAG